CGUCCUUUGAACAUCAAGGAUAUCUGCGAUGCUGCCAAGCCCAGAGGACGAUUUUCUACUGGAUGAGUCGUCGGUGUUGGCGUUCCUGGCCGACUGCGAGGUGGAGAAUGAAGCUGCUGUCCAGCCAUCGAUCUCCGCUACCUCUACACCAACGCAAUGCGAUGCGUUAACACCUACCUGGUCCGAUAGCUCCAGUUCCGUCAGUUCACCUGAUAAAGCGCCAGCGAAGAAGUCAUGGCGACAGCGACGUAAGGAGGAGGGCGACAGUCGAUGCUUCGACAAAGCAGCGAAGAAGAUAACGCCAAGCUGCGUGAAGCCGUGA